GGAUUUUGCCAUCAUACAACACGGAUGGCGACGCGGACAAAGCCCGGACCCUCAAGGACUAUGUGGAUGAGAUCACCGAAGGUCACGGUUCUGGGGGCCCGGGCAAAAGCAAAAGAUCAAAGCUUUCCAAGGGACGGCAGUUAGGCAGCAAGGCACCAGAGGAUGAAGACGUCAACCUUGAGGAGGCCACCCCUUUGGAAAGUUUAGUGAUGCGAACCUCUCACACCUGGUACCUCUCAAAGUUUGCAGAGUUCAUGCGGCUGUGGCUCCCGUACGCGUCUUGGAUUCAGACCAAGCCUUUUGCUUGACCUAGAGGCCUUUUGUUCGGAACCGAUUCACUAGGAUGCAUAAGGCUUCAAAUGAAUAUGAGCAAUCCAGGACACCUACUCAAAGUAUUCAAUGGGUCUAGGGAUCCUAUGCUUGGGACACAGCAGCGCCUACUUUGCACUGGGCUACUUGUCGGUGAAAGAUUACUGGUUAACUAAGUAUGCUGCAUUCAUCAUCACAAUGGCGUUUAUCAUGAUGGUGGGUCUCAUCAUUUACAGCAACUUUCGAGCGCCCAGCACACGCGUGCGGAUGGUGACCGUGGCCUUAAUUUGCUUGGGGCCGACCUGCUCCACUUUCGCUGCAAUUGUGGCCAGUGAGGUGGCGAAACGGAUUUUGGUACCUGUUUCUUUUACAGCUCACUUUUUCCUAUGGGUGCUGGUCUAUGCCUUUGCCCGGGACUUGCAUGAUACAGCCAUGCACUUUAUCCGACCAGGAGAAGGCUUCUGGUCAAAGAGUGCACCAGGUGAGAAGAAGUGUGAUGACCUCGAGCAUGGCAACAGCCAUUUGCGCUGGAAGCACCAGGAGGAGCAAUACCACAAGGAGUGGUUGCGUCACCAACCUGGAUAUAGAGAUCAGACACGAACGCUCUCAUCCCACCAGAUGGAGAAGAUGGACCGACAGCUGGAGCGGAUGGACUACAUUGAGCAAUCGCCAUGUGCCAGAAAUUCGCUCCGUGCCUUGUCCUGUGGGGCCUGUGAGGUGCCCGGCGACCGCGGCGACCGCAGCGGCCACAGUGGCUGCGGCGACACUGGAGCUGAAGCGUUUGAAGAUCUUCAAGGCCAGCCCCCUGAAGAGCCACGCAAAUCUAAGCCUGACUUCAUCGGAUGGCCAACUGAUGAAGAUGAAUUUGCAGUGCAUGCGGAGCACACCAAAAGCCACAUCAAGAGCACAGCACAUUCCACAAUCUGCCUGAGCGCCCUGCUGUGGCUGGCCAUGCUCAUUUGGGCCAUCAUGACCUACUGGCUUGCUCCCUCUGAGGUACCCAAGUACGCAACACUCUCACAGGAGCAGCCCAUGGUAGUUUGGCCAACGGCGACCUUCUGCCCGAGGUUCAUCGCCUGCAAACAGGGUGUCACGUUUGCCUCGGACGGCUACCAGAUAUUUCAAAUCGACCUUGCGGGUGGUACUGCAAAGAGAGUGAACUGCAUAGGCUUGCGUGGCCCAAUCUCGGAUUUGAGUGUUUCUUGCACGCCGAAGGGGUGUGUUCCAGUAGCUUUGGCACAUAGCGUGGUACAUUGUGGACAGGGCCCCACCGCUGUGCAAGACACUUUGCACCACUUCACUGUGUAUGGCAGAGGAUCUUUCCAAGAGCAGCGGAUGCUGAGUGCAAGUUCGUCAGAACUGGUUUCCUACGGCUGGUCUGGAGAUGAAUGGCAAGGCUUAGCCUUCUUGGGCCAUUCUCGCUUUUUGAGUGACCUCGGAGGAAUUCACAAUCGAAAGCUUCGCUCGAACGAGGGCCUGAUAACUUUGGACGAGCUUCCUUCAGGAGAUUUCUUGUUUGUCCGGAGGGUCCCAAUGUCCAAACCCAGCGUGCAGAUCCGGAAUGCCAGCGACAUGACAGUGAACGGUCAGUGGCACCUGCCUGCCAGGCUUCCAGAGGUUCAGAGUGCCUGUGCAUUUGAUUCCAAUUCCAUGCUUGUAUUGCUCAGCAGUGGUGCUGAAGCUGACGGGCAGCGAAGCUUGCACAGACUUCAGUUAACGACAUGAGUGGCUGCACCCAGCCAGUAGGUAAUGAUGGGAGCUGCGCAAUUGCACCUCUAGGGUGCUAACCGGAGCGGCUGUUUCAAAGAGGAGGCGCUGACUUAGAGUCUCUAAG